UCCCGUAAGAGCUCAAUUAACAGCAGCCAUUCCAAGAACUUAAUCACCAGCAAGAGGUGUAUAGCGCGCGAUGGCCUCCGCAGUGUUGCUAGUUGUGGCUCUGGCGGUUCUGGGGCUCGCCACCGGAGGCGACGCGCAGCUGCAGAACGGGUUCUACAGGGGCAAGUGCGGCUCCAACGACGUGGAGGCCAUCGUGCAGGGCGUGGUCAGGGCCCGCUUCGCCAGGGACCCCAAAAUCGUCGCCUUUCUCCUGCGCCUGCUGUUCCACGAGUGCGGCGUCAAUGGGUGCGACGGCGGGUUGCUGAUCGACGGCUUUGGCACGGAGAAGACGGCAUUGCCGAACCUGAGUGUAAACGGAUACGACCUCAUCGCGGAGAUCAAAACUGAGCUCGAGAGACGGUGCCCGCGCGUGGUUUCCUGCUCCGACAUCGAGAUCCUGGCCACCAGGGACGCCGUCGCUCUGGCCGGCGGGGCAAAAUACUUGGUGCGCACGGGCAGGAGGGACGGCCGGCAGUCCAGGGCCUCCGACGUGAACCUGCCGGCGCCAAACAGCACGGUGGCGCAGGCCACCUCUUUCUUCGGCAGGCUCGGGCUCAGCCAGUUCGACAUGGCCCUUCUCCUGGGAGCCCACACGGUGGGCGUCACGCACUGCGGCGUGAUCAAGGGCAGGCUGUACAGCCACGGCGGCAAGGCCGGCGCCACGGACCCAAGCCUGGACCCGAGCCUGGCAUCCGUGUUCAAGAAAUUCGUGUGCCCCAACACGCCGUCGUCGGACAACAACAUCGUCUUCCUGGACGACCAGCCCAGCGCGCUCAGGGUGGACAACGGCUACUACAAGAUGCUCCAGCGGCGGCGCGGCGUGCUUUCGGUGGACCAGAACCUCUACGGCGACGGCUCCACGCGGUGGAUCGUCGACAUGCUCGCCAACACCGACAACUUCCGUGCAUUCUUCCCGCAGGCGCUCGUCAAGCUCGGCGAGGUUAAGGUUCUCACUGGCGCGCAGGGAGAGAUCCGCAGGGUCUGCAACAGGUUCAACUGAUCGUUUUUCAUUUCAUUCAAGCUCUGUGUGCGGUGCCUGCGUGCCUCGUCGACGCUCGUGUGAUCGACGAAUUACUCAAUCAAUUCCGUUCUUGUGUUAACUAAUUCCGGGUUUGGUCAUCCGAUCGAUGCUUUUUUGUUUUCCAUUUGGUUUUGGUCAAAUCAGUUUUGACCCGAUUUGUUUUGCCUUACAUUGGACAGAUUUUGUAAUAAGUUGCACGAUCAGUAAGAAUUGAGAAAGAGUUACGGAAUGUAAUUGUUGUCACGAAUAUAGUCUCGUAAAAUGUGAA